GAUAUUUGCUUCCGCCACUCGGCGGGAGCGGUUGCCGGUCGCUGGCGGGCCUUUUUAGCUCCACUUGUAGCCUGCGCUGCUGUGUUGUUCAGAGCGGCGGGCCGACCAUCAUGACGUCCGCCUUGGAGAACUACAUCAACCGAACUGUGGCAGUUAUUACUUCUGAUGGGAGAAUGAUUGUGGGAACACUGAAAGGUUUUGACCAGACCAUUAAUUUGAUUUUGGAUGAAAGUCAUGAACGAGUUUUCAGCUCUUCACAGGGAGUAGAACAGGUGGUGCUAGGGCUGUACAUCGUCAGAGGUGACAAUGUUGCAGUCAUUGGAGAAAUUGAUGAAGAGACAGAUUCUGCGCUUGAUUUGGGGAACAUUCGAGCAGAACCUCUAAACUCUGUAGCACACUGAGGAAAAACUACAUACAUUGGACAUCUGUAAAUCUUUGUAUAGAAACUGAUUAUUCUGAUGUAUGGAAUUUUUAUGAAUGUGUAAUUGUGGCCUUUUGACUCUAUAUUGAUUCGUUGUAGGAUGAUAUGUAAAUUAAAAUAUUUCUACAUUUCCUUGAAAAAUUUUUAUUAUUUUUAUUUAUUUAUUUUGCCUAAAUCAUGUUUGGUAGCUUACUUUUAUUUUUCUUUUAAAUAGUAUGAAAAUCUGAUGUGUGCUGUGAGAACUUUUGGAAAAAAUAUUUGGUAUUUUAAUAUUUAUAGAACACUAGUUAAAAAGAGAAAUUUGUGUGCUAUGUUAAAUCAAGCAUACAAAUACCAUCAGUAGUGCAAGAUAACAUGUGUUUUUGAUUUUUUAAAAAGUCACAGAAAGGUAAGUCUUGUUGUCUGAACCAUCCUCAUUUAUCACACUGCCCUGGUCCUUGGUUGUUCUCUAGUAUUUUAGAAGUCUGGGUAAAAAAUAUUUGUGGUUAAGAAAAGAAAAAAUGCUAACAAAGUUGCAUAUUAUCUGGAAAAAAAAAAGAUUCCAUAUAGUCUUAAAAAUUUUUAAUCUUAAAAAUUGGGGAAUUCUUAGCAUUAAUGGAGUUUUUUGUUGUUUAUAAAUGUGAGUAAAUAAACCUUAUGAUUAUAUUGA